AUGUCUAAGUCCAACCACAAGACCCUGUUGCGGGUGCUGCUGUGGUGGGCCACCUUCCUGUCCCUGUGCCAGGCCGCGCUGCUGCUGCUCUUCUUCACCAUGGGAGGCUACAGGCAGCCAUCUUCAGAGCUCGGCAUUCCCCAUGUGAGAACCAAAAUGUUUAACUAUAAGGCCAGUGCAGCAGUUUACCCAAACCGCACCCUCACAUGGUACGCUGUGUAUUCUAAAGAUCUCCCCAUGGAUGAGGGACAUUUAGGGGACCUCAGCAUCAAAGAGGACGGAUACUUCUUUGUGUGCCUCAGAAUAACCCUGAUCAGCUCCAGCAGUGAUGUAGAUGAAGUGAGUCUUAAAGAGGUGAAAGACACUGGGGCUGAAACCCUACUGACGGGAUGGAUCGAUAACCAGACCUUGAGCACCGGUCUGCUGUGUAAAACAGAGAGGCUGUCUAUCGGGAGUGCACUGAGGGUCCAGAUCAAAACCAAACACCCCGAGAACGUGAGGAUCAAUGACAGCCAGAGCCUUAGCUCCUUAGACCUCAUCUACAUACCCUACUGA